AUGACGGGUCUCCAUCCUCCCCCGCAAGCGGUCUUCAGUCAGCCGCGACACGAAGCGGCUUCUUUUCCUCCGUCUGUCUCCUCUUCUUUUCCUUCUUCUCUCUCGUAUCCCGGCUCUUCGUUUUCGUUCGAAGAAAUAAGCUUUCCUUGCUGGGUUGUCUCUGACGGUGUUUUUCGUCCCUUCGGCGCGGAGAAGCGCGCCUCCCCUGGACGAUGGGAGACAGAUGGAGAGAGCGAGAGCGAUUGUGAGGUCGCGCCUGCUCUUUGCUCUUCUCCCAGGGAUACGGAAAUAGACGUCGCUCUUUCUGAUCCUCGGUGUCUGUUCCAGAUUCUUCGACAGCGGGCGCGAAUUCCUUAUUCUCUCCUCUCUCGUCUGACUCGACCCCUCGCCCUUUGCUUCUCUUGCUCUUCUCCCGUGAUCCCUUCCUUUCCUCUGCAUGCGAGAGAAAGAGAAGAUCACGAACGUGCUCAAGCGCAUGUACACACGGAGACGCGGCAGGGAAAAUCAGCCCUGUAUCUCUCAGAGACGAGGUUGCCAAGAAGCGGGGAAGGAGGCGAGGAAGGCAGAAGUGUGUCGACCUUCUUUCAAACGAACAGACGAACAAUUGCGCUUUCAGUGUCACCGAAGGAGCUCCAGCGUAUGCAGCUUCUCCUUCUCUCUCUGUAUGAGUCACCUUCCAACCGACUGCCUUUCGGUGUCUCCUCGUCACGAGCGGCUCGAGGGGACGUGAGGAGACACCUCGCCGCGUUGAUUGCGAGCAGAGCGGAGAAAUCGCGUCCUUCCAUCCUCGCGCUCUUUGACCAGAAAUGCAGAAACGGCCUCUCGGUCGACGCAGAACUCCUGGUGGAUGUACACCGGAAGUGCGUCUUCGUCUCUUCGUCGCCUGUCUGCUUGGCUCGAACUCUCCGAACGCGGGCCCGAUCUAUCCACGCCGCCUUCCUCGUUCUGAACGGGCCGCCGACUUCUUGUCGCUUUUCUCUUGGUGGCAGCGAAAGUCAAGACGUCAACCGGACACCCGGCGAAGGAGAGACAGUGGUCGCCGUCUUACAGGAGGAAAACAGACAUGCACCUCACGGCGUCCUCGAGUUCUUUCCAUGUCAGAUGCAAAGAUCACCCGACACUGCUGCCGAAACGCUAGGCAAGCGCCUCACACUCCCCGUCCCGUACUUCCCCAAAACUUUCUGGGGCGUAUAUACACCUCAAGGCGAAUGCGGGGCUGUCGUUCUCGCGGAACGACCCCAGGACGGACGCCACAUGAAUGCUCACAUUUUUCCUCACGGACUAUCCUUCCCAGCCUCCUCCUCUUCUUCUUUUGUGGCAUUUAGUGUGACGUCGCCGGCAGGCCACUUCGAGCCUCGGCCUCUGCUUUUCACAUGCUGCCGCUGCUGUGUCAUGUCUCUGUCUGGGGAGAAGGCCUCGCCGCGAGGGCAAGACGCAGAGCAGCAGCGUGUCUCCGGUGUGAGAUGCAAGCAGUCUCUGGCGGUCGCUUGGCCCCGAGAGAGCCGGCGGGUGAGUUCCUGCCCCAAAGAAGAGAAAAUCGAAGGAGAGUGCGAGGACAUGGAGGAGGAAGCCGAGGGAGAAAGGUUUGACAGCGCGGGAAGAUCGGAAGAAGACAGGGAGUGUAACUUCUCCCAGCGGGUCUCCGAGAUGCGGUGCGAAAACCUGCAACGCGCGGAUGAGAAAUGCGAUGAUGGCUGGCUUUCCUUCCUCAAUUUGCCUCCAACUGGUCACUGGAACUCCCCUCCAACACAAGCGCCGUCGCCCAGUCUACAAGUCCUGUGGGUCUGCGAACGUCCGGGCUUCUCUCUCUGUCUCGCGUACGCAGUGGAGACCCACCGGUGCGUGGUGUGUCUCCUUUUCGGGCGCGACUCUGGAGCCAUACGCGGAGGUCACUGGGCCCUCCAAAGGGCCGCCGGGGUCGGCGACUGUCGGCCCUCGCCGGCUCGCCCCCACGCGACGUCGCCGUUCCACGAACAGCUGGAGAUGCGGCUCGUUUUCUCGUCGCCUGCUCUGCAGGCCUUGCAGCUUCUGUCGUUUUGCCUCCCUGGCGACGACCCAGCACCCGAGGGGGGUGGUUCCCCGAGGCGGCGCGAAACCCCCGCCCACGCGAGCGAGAGGAAUCAGGAAGGAGAAAGAGACACUCCGAGAGGCCUGCUGCCGACUUUCCUGUCUGCGCCGCCUCCGCAGCUGCUUCUGCUCCCCACAGUCUCCGUCCGGCGCACCUCGCGCGGCCACAAAAGGGAGAAGAAAGGCGAGAGCAGAUGUAGGACAAGAGAAGGCCAACUUGACAGGGAGACGAGACAGAGGGGCGAGGAGGCGUGGAGACCUGCAAACGGAACCAGGAGCCUCUUGCCGCGUUCUUUGCCCCAGACGCAUGGGGAGAGAAGGCGCGUGACGCACUCAGGUCAAGAGAGACUAAGACUCGCCCUCCUCGAUGAGAGAACCGACACACUUGUUCUUGUCCCGCUUCCUUCUCCUUCCUCGUUCCCCUCUGAUUCGUCUGCUGUCCCCCGUACCUCUCCUUCUUUCCAUUUGGAUUGUCGCGACACCGAACGCAUUGCCGACGUCGUCGGCUUCGUCGCGCUCGCACCCGACCAGGCGGGCCUCGUUGAAGACGGUACCCCGUCUCAUUAUGUCUUCCGUCUCCUUCACAUCCUCCGCCAAUCUUCUCCAGAGAAGAGGUCUCUGCGUUUCUGCUUCGCCCUUCCGCCUCCUUCGCCUGCGAGUUCGCUCAGGUGCUCACUCGCUCUCCCAGGCGCGUCGGCGCUUCCUUCUUACCUCCUGGUGCUGCAUCGAGGUGGGCUGCUAGCGCUCUACGCCGGGGCCUCUUUGCUCGCUCUGCUGCGUCUUCCCUCUUCGUUUUCCCUUUCGGCGGCGCCACCACCUCCUGGCCAGCGAGGUCGGCAAGACGGCAUGCGCACCGCGCCGCGCGCCGGCUCGGCGUUCAGAACAUCAAGGGCCGCCUCUGGAGACUGGAAAGAAGGAACAAGCGAGACAGAAAAGCGACCCACGAAGGAGACACCUUGUGCAGCGUUGCCUCUCGCGCUCAGCAACGCUGUUGGAAAUCGAUUCAACCUCACUGUUUUGCAGCCCCUUUGCAUUUGA